GUCCUUGGUUCAAGUCAUGCCUCUGCCAUGAUCUCACAUGAUGGCUUUAGACAAGCCAGUCUUUCUCUUAGGCCCAGUUCAUAUGUAACACUUGGCCAAGCCAUGGCUUAUCCCAAGUGAGCAAAUGUGCAGGUUCCUGGAGAGAAAAUCAUGGCUGUUAGUGCUUUGCCAGCCCUGCUGCUAUGCUAUCGGGAGCUAAGUCAUGGUUUGACUCAGUGUUGUGGCCCAACCUGGGCUUGUGCUUUAUUUCCCCGAGACAAGCCAGGAGUCCCAGCAUUUGAAUGUAACACUAAGCAAAACUAUGGCUUAGCUCACAGCAGUGCAGCAAGGCCAAAAAGCAGCCAUAUCUUCACUCCAGAAUGCCCUUGUCCGUGCUAAGCCACAUUUGGCUUGGCUUUACAUGCGAAUCAUGUCUUAGCCUCAGUGCUUCCCUCUCAUCCGCAAUAUUUACUUCUAAAAUAAGAAUAACAACCCUGAUCUACUUUAAAGGGCUGUUGUAAGGAUUGUAGUAGGGUAAUGGAUGUGAUACAUUUUGGGCAUUCUAAAACAGUAUAUAAAAUGUAUAUCACAAACUAAAUGGAACCACACAGUCUUAAUUUUAAUUGUCAGUAAAUUUUUCUUCCUUUCUCCCCCAUCUUGUGAGGUUAACCCUUUUAUGUCUUCCCUGGAUUUUCUGCUUGUGGCCUCUUCCUGUGAGCCUUUGUGCUGGCAUUGGUACUCGUAUAUUUUGGAUAGGAUAUUGGGCAGAUAACUCCAUGUCCUAAAAAUCUUCCACUUAAAACUGAGAACAUGAGUCAGUCCUCACCCUACAGUGUACGUGUCCAGAACAGACCACACUGGGGGCAGGGAUGUAGGUUAAUGAACAGAUAUUCCACAUGCUGGAGUUUUGCAUGAGGAGAGGAUUUGGUAGAACACUGGAUCAUGCUGCAAAGAUCCUCUGGAAACUCAGUGUCUUAAUCUUCAAAACCAGAACCAAGAUGUUGGGGUUCCCAAUUUGGUACUAUGGCAUAGUGUGGAAAAUGUUCCCAGAAAAUGCAAGUAUUCUUUUAGUGGGACUAGCUCUGUGCUGAUUGCAAGAAGCCAAACAUGCAAAUGGCUUAGCCUCAUUAAUCACUGCCUGUGUGUUCUGGUCGUGUGGACUGGUGGUGGCAGAGCUUUCCAAAUGUUUUGACUUUGCAUUGCAAGUGCUGAAACAGCACAUUAGAGCCACCUAGGCCAUCCUUGGAGUGGCUGCGUAAGGUGGAUUUUAUUGGCAAAGAGAAACAUUCGGAUAGGUUGGGACAUUGCCUUAGCUUUGGGAAUUGCUGGUGCAGCAGAGCGGGUAAGAGGCUUUAAACUACUAACUGAGAAACCCCCAGUUCAUUUGGUGCUUCUGCUAUAGCCACUCUAUUUCAGUCUUCCAUCUGCAAUAGUGCAGAAUAAUAAUUUUACACAUGGUUGUUAGAAUUACAGGAAUAGGAACAUCUUUCAGUGGAAGGCCACAUAUCCUUCUGGGAAACUUUCUGGGGGCACAUGCUAGCAAUGGGUGGGACCAGAGGCAGAAGUGGGUAAGGCAACAGAUGAUGAUUUUGCCUUUGUACAGUAUGCUAAUAUCGCACUCGUACAUGCCCCUGUAUCCUCCAUCCAGGCAAGAAAUAGUAUUAUCAGAGUUCAAGGACACAUUCCAGACAGGCAAAAAUAAGGCGAUUGCAAAGCAGAGCUAACAGCUGGUAUAGCACAAUUGGGAAGAGACCCUGGCUGGGAGGCCAGUGCCUGUGAGUUCAAAUCCCCACUCGUGUCUCCAGGGUGUCAAGGGCCAGCUAAAUCACCCCUACAGGGAGUGGCUCAGGGGUGACGUGCCCUGCCACCUCUGCAGCCGUGGGCAAGCUGCAUAGUCCCAAGGAGCCCAGUUGCCCCCCAGCUGGCAGUUGCAGAUAAGGAAGGGGCUGGCUUGUGCAGCUGUGGCAAGCUGAGCAGGCCCUAGCCAGCUGUGGAGGACUAGCCUCAGAGGAAGGCAAUGGUAAACCCCCUCUGAAUACCGCUUACCAUGAAAACCCUAUUCAUAGCGUCGCCAUAAGUCAGGAUCGACUUGAAGGCAGUCCAUUUCCAUUUUCAAAGCAGAGCUGCUGAGGGAACAUGUCCUGGGAAGAAGAUGGGGUGUGGAGAGUCCCAAAGGCCAGAGAGGCAGGCAUGGAGGAGUGCAUGUGGCCCCCUGUUCUGAUGUUCCCCACCUCUCUGAAAUCAAUUCCAUCUCCAAAUCAUCAGCAUUCAGUUUACUAAUGAAGACCUGAAGCUGUGAGCUCUGCAAAAUCCAUGAAGAGUGUCUUUUAAUAUCAAGUUUGGAAAAGGCGUUGUCAAUCCCACUGCAUGCACCACAGGGCUAAAAAUACUCUUUGGAUGCAGGUGUUCUGAGUGUGAUUAUGCUCCCCCCCCCCCGGCCUUGCUCUGAGAAUAAGGGCAGGGAUCAGGAUUAACCACCCCUGUGUGUUCCUGGAUGUGAAACCAAACCCACAGCCCUACAUUCCUACAAUGGUUGCUGGAAAUAACAUCUGCUUAUGAGAGAGGGAUGUAAAACCACAAGGACCCAGCCUUGCCUCGCUACGCCUGUGGCAGGCUGAGGGAUGUGGUGUCCCAGCAAUCGCAAAGCUGCUGUGCAUGGCGCUCUAUUUCUGGGGCCUUAUGGUAGCUACUGCUUUAUAAGGAACCGGUUGCUUUGUAAUUAUCAUUCCCUUUUGCAAACAUUUAAGGCUGUCAUUUGCAGCUGUCCAGUGCCUAAUUCUCUGCAAAUAAAGCUUUCAGUUCAACAGGCAGAAAGCUGCCUAGUUGCUCUUGGAUGCUGCUUGUGAGCAUAGUGGCAAUAGCAGCUGCCUCUUUUCCACUUGCCUGUGCUUGGCCCAUCCAAAGGCGCUAUGUCAAUCGCACACACUGCUGCCGAGUACAUGCUCUCGGAUGCUUUGCUUCCAGAUCCAAAUGGCUCCAGGGCAAAGCGGCUUCGCUUGGAGUUAUCCUGUGACCGCAUUGUGAAGUUUAUCACAGUGGGGCUGCCCCUCCUCCUGGUGUCCCUGUCGUUUGCACGGGAAUUUUCCACUGGCUCCCAGAUCAGUUGUUUCUCUCCUGCCAACUUCACAGGGAAGCAAUCUGCCUACAUUGAUGCUGUGUGUUGGGACUCCUUGUUUCACUAUGACCCUGACACCCUGGGAGAUUCUAGAUCCAGGUCCCUCUGGGUCCUCAAGGUCUUUCCAUAUUCCAUGCUGGUUAUUGCAGUUGCCAUGUAUCUACCUUACCUGCUCUGGAGAUAUGCAGCUGCCCCAUCGCUCAGCUGCGACCUGUUCUUCAUCAUUGAUGAACUGGAUAAAUCCUACAACCGUUCCAUCCGCUUAGUGCAGCACAUGGUCAAACUCCAGCAGACUGGGACUGACCCAGAAGAACUGUGGGAGGAGUAUGACAAGGCUCGCAGGGAGCGCUAUUUUGAAUUCCCUCUACUGGAGCGAUACCUCACUUGCAAACAGCGCUCCUACUAUCUUGUUGGGAUCUACGUGUUGCGGAACCUCCUCCUCCUCUUCCUCCUCGCUGCCACCUGUCUCUACUUGGGCUACUGCCAUGUGGCUGUCUUUUUCCAAGAUGAGUUCAGCUGCUCCAUCAAGGUGGGCCUGCUAAGAGAUGAGCCUCGUGUCCCGGACUCAAUCCCAUGCAAGCUCAUCUUCUUCUCGGUCUUUCAGUUGACCAGCAUCUGCAUUGGGUGUGUGUACAUCCUCUUGGGACCGGUUGUCAUCUACCAUUUACUCCAGCUGUGUCAGUGGGACAAACGGCUCCUCUCCAUCUACGAGAUGCUGCCAGCUUUCGACCUCCUCAGCAGGAAGAUGUUGACCUGCCCUCUGAACGACCUGAACAUCAUUUUGCUCUUCCUGCGUGCCAACAUCUCGGAAGUCAAGUCCUUCAGCAGGCUGAGCGUGCUCUGCACCCUGAGGGACGUCACCACAGACAAGGAAAACAUUGACACGGUGGUGGAUUUUAUGACCCUCCUGGCUGGCUUGGAGAUGUCAAAACCUAAGCAUAAUCUCUGCGCCAAUGGAAACUCACCUCAUUCCAACAGUGAAAUUAUUGAAAUGAAGCCUGCCUUGGGUUCUAAAGAAGACUGACAUUCCCUCUGGCCUCGCUUGACUUGACGGAGCAGCCAACAGCAGAACAAAUGGGGCUAAUGAAUAGUGAUGGAGCACACACACCAGGCAACACUCCUAUGCAUUGGUGACAGCAACAUGCUGUGUACCUUUAUCAUGAUUUCAAAGCUGUAUUAUGUUCCCCUGGCAUGACAGGAGUAUGUAUGCAUCAUCCUAAAUGCUUGUUUCUUUACUGGGUACUAAGUCCACAGAACACAAUAUCUGUAAUAUAAUUAUUGCAUGCUGGCUACAGGUUGCUGGCAGAUGCCUUUGUAUUGUUAGAGGCUUAAUGUUCUCAUAAAGGUAAGGCUGCCACUUGUUCUGGCAGUCAUUUGCCUCUUAAUAGUUGCCUUACAGGUAAAAAUUCAACAGAUGCAACUUGCAUGGCAAGCAUGAUUUACCUAUUUAAUGUUACAAAACUGUGAAAGGCAUAAUAGCCUUUUCCGUGGGAAAGAAGCAGUGAUCUUAUGUUGUGUGCAAAUGUUUAUCUUACCCACAACUCAUUUGUCUCUCUUCCUGUAUUAAUUCUGUAGACUAAUCUCCAUUAAAUUUAAU